ACCGCCGGAAGUGCUGAGCUGCCACUGCGAAAAGAAGCCAAGCGACAGGUUUAGGUUUACGUCAGACGGUUGUGGCGAGGUCGUAGAGGUGGUGCGGAGAAACUUGAGGUCUUUGCAUAUUUCCGAGAGGCCUGGACCUGACAAGAAGCCACUGUCCGGUGCAGGACACUCAGAGAAAAACAGUUUAGAGGAUCAAGAUGUUGACCAGUUUGAGGAUAUUUGCAGUGAAUCGUCAGAAAAUGUCCAGUUUGUACAUUAAUAAUAUGUGCGGCUGUAAAAUAACAACAAGAUUAAGACCAUCAAAGCCAGAUGUACUUCUUGGAAAACAUUACAGCUCCCUACCAGGUUUGAUAGGAAAUGAUAUCAAAUCCCUUCAUUCCAUCAUUAAUCCUCCUAUAGCUAAAAUCCGUAAUAUUGGAAUCAUGGCUCACAUUGAUGCAGGCAAAACUACUACUACAGAAAGAAUAUUGUACUAUUCUGGAUACACAAGAUCACUGGGAGAUGUUGAUGAUGGAGACACAGUGACAGAUUUCAUGGCUCAGGAGCGAGAAAGAGGCAUAACUAUCCAGUCUGCUGCUGUUACAUUUGAUUGGAAGGGCUACCGAGUCAAUCUCAUUGACACACCAGGUCAUGUGGACUUUACCUUGGAGGUUGAGCGCUGCCUAAGAGUGUUGGAUGGUGCGGUGGCUGUGCUUGAUGCCUCUGCUGGUGUAGAGGCCCAAACUCUCACAGUGUGGAGGCAAGCCGAUAAACACAAGAUACCUCGAAUCUGCUUUUUAAACAAGAUGGACAAAACUGGGGCAAGUUUUAAAUAUGCAGUUGAAAGCAUCAGAGAGAAGUUGAAAGCAAAGCCUUUGCUUUUACAGUUACCAAUUGGUGAAGCCAAAACUUUCAAAGGAGUAAUAGAUAUAGUGAAUAAAGAGAAACUUCUUUGGAAUUCUAAUUCAGAUGAUGGAAAAGACUUCGAGAGAAAACCCCUCUUGGAAAAAAGUGACCCUGAAUUGCUAAAGGAGACAGUUGAAGCAAGGAUUGCCUUAAUUGAACAAGUUGCAGAUUUGGAUGAUGAAUUUGCUGACUUGGUUUUAGGCAAAUUCAGUGAAAAUUUUGAUUUGCUACCAGCUGAAAAGCUGCAGACUGCAAUACACAGAGUGACGCUUGCUCUGACAGCAGUGCCUGUGUUAUGUGGCAGUGCCCUGAAAAACAAAGCGAUACAACCCUUGUUGGAUGCGAUUACUAUGUAUCUGCCUUCACCUGAAGAACGCAACUAUGACUUUCUGCAGUGGUAUAAUGGUGACUUAUGUGCACUGGCGUUUAAAGUUCUCCACGACAAGCAGCGAGGACCACUGGUUUUUACACGCAUUUACUCAGGCACACUAAAGCCUCAGUCGGCUAUCCAUAAUAUUAAUGGAAAUUGCACGGAGAAAAUAAGUCGUCUGCUUUUACCAUUUGCUGAUCAACAUAUAGAAAUCCCUUCACUAACUGCUGGUAACAUUGCUUUGACUGUUGGGCUUAAACAGACUGCCACUGGAGACACCCUCGUCUCCUCCAAGUCCAGCGCAUUGGCUGCAGCUCAGCGAGCCAAGAGACGGGAAGAAAAGCAGCAGAGACAGAGCUGCGAAGUGGAGAGACUGCUCCUGGCUGGCGUAGAGAUCCCAGAACCAGUGUUCUUCUGUACUAUAGAACCCUCGUCGUGGGCUAAGCAGCCAGAUUUGGAUCAUGCAUUGAAAUGCCUUCAGCGGGAAGAUCCCAGUUUGAAAGUGAAGCUUGAUCCUGACUCUGGACAAACUGUGCUGUGUGGUAUGGGGGAAUUACAUCUUGAGAUUAUUCAUGACCGAAUCAAGCGGGAAUAUGGCCUGGAGACCUAUCUGGGACCUCUCCAGGUGGCAUACCGAGAGACCAUCAUGAGCUCAGCUCGUGCCACAGAUACCUUAGACAGAACUUUAGGAGACAAACAGCAUUUUGUGAGUGUAGAAUUGGAAGCAAGGCCAGGAGAGACACCAUCUGUCACACCAGUGAUUGAGUAUGCCAAAAGUGUCAGCAGAGACCUGUUAAAGGACUCCCAAGAGGCUGUUGAAAAUGGAGUUCACAAUGCAUGCCUCCAAGGACCACUGCUUGGAUCCCCCAUUCAGGAUGUGACAAUUACUUUACAUUCACUGGUAAUUCAUCCUGGUACCUCUGCAACCAUGAUUUCUGCCUGUGUCUCAAGAUGUGUACAAAAGGUCCUGAAAAAAGCUGACAAGCAGAUUUUGGAGCCUUUGAUGCAUCUGGAAGUUACAGUGCCCAGAGAUUUCCUCAGCCCUGUGCUAGCAGACCUGGCACAGAGAAGAGGGAACGUUCAGGAGAUCCAGACUCGCCAGGACAACAGAGUUGUUAUUGGAUUUGUCCCCUUAGCAGAAAUUAUGGGUUAUUCGACUGUGCUUCGAACGAUAACAUCAGGGUCAGCGACUUUUGUCUUAGAAUUAUCUACUUACCGAGCCAUGAAUCCUCAAGACCAAAAUACACUGCUCAGCCAGAAAAGUGGUACAAUUUCUGUAUUACUUGUACCCUUACACCGCUUUGUUUUGUUUUGUUUUUUCUCUUUUUCCUUUUAAAUAAAAUUUUUAAAAAAAUUCACUGUGCAGACUUAACUAGUAGUUUUUAAUUUUUAAAGAGAAUAAAACUAAACAAAAUGAAACAGAAUAAAGCCAACCAAAACAAAACAAUAGAGGACUUCAAAACACGAACUAGCCUAACAUUUUGUGGGGUGCACACAACAGGAUGAAUGUCAUACAAUGACAUUCACUGUAAACAUGCACUAAAUAAAAAUAAAAGCAUUAUCUUGAUUUCCAUUGCAAUACAUUUUUUCUGGAAGCCGAUUUCUCAUUUUAAAGUCUUUUCCUAACCAAACCUAUGUCUCCAAUCUAAGGCUAUUUGCAGAGCCUAAUAAUUUUUCUCUGAAGAAUGUCCCCCAUUUAAUCCUUGCCCUCUUUCACUAAAGAUGUUCUCAUUUGCUAUAGUCUUUUUUUUAAUCUCUUUUAUGAGUCUUGAUUCUCCUUCCAAACUUCAGCAUACCCCUCAGAUGUGUAUCUUGCAUGGGAGGACUUGUGUCACCCAGCUGAAACUCUUACAAGCCAAGUUGUUACCCCUAAUCUUCCCUUUCCCCUGGAGCCCUCUACACCUACUUCAGCUGCAACAGUUUAAAAGAAAUAAGUGUUUUGGAAUCAUCAUACCAACAAUUAAAUUCCACUUCAUCUCCUCCCAAAUGAAUGAACUGAUCUGGAAACACUUUACUGAUUUCUUGGAAAAGCAUAGUGAGGAACAUGUAAGUUGUAUUUAGCAUAGGGUUGAUAGGCCCAUCACUGUCUGUGGGUAUUUUUCCACUGUAACAUUGAGUCAGAAGGUCUUUCUGACCUAGAAGAAAAACAAAGAUUUUUAGAAAAGGGUAUUUAUCACAAAAAACAGGCUUUGCACAAAUGCUAUAGAUACUCCUCUCCACUUAGGAUGGUGUCAUAUCCUAAACCCCACUGUAAGUUGAUAAUGUUCUAAGUCAAAAGUGCACUCAACACACCUACCAAACAGCAUAGGCUCAGCAGCACAAUACACUAUCGAGCGGUGGUGGCGAACCUGCAGCACACAUGCUGUAGCAGACUAUCAUCGAAAGCUCUACAAGGUUCACCACCACUGCUGUACUAUGUGGGUCAUUCACUCUCAUGAUCAUGUGGCCGGCUGGGAAGUGGGCUCCUAAAGCCUUUUCUACUGUGUCUCACUCCCACAUGCACCGGCCUGGAAAAGAUCAAAAUGCAGAGAAAGGCUUAUAUUGAGUACAUGUCACUUUGACACCAUCAUAAAAUCAAAGUCUUAUGUGGAACCACUGCAUGUCAGAGCCAUCUGAACUUUAUUUUGAAGCCGUAAGAAAUCUUAUGCCAGGGCCUGGGAUUUAUAGUUCAGCAGCUCAAGCACUUGCCUGGUAAGCACAGGUCAUGAGUUCGAUUCCCAGUACCAAAAAAAACAGAAAAGAGAUCUUAUGCAGAAAACAUAAGCAUGUUUGCCAUGAGUUACUUUGGUCAUUUCUUUCAAGUUAUCCCAGCAAAAAUUUUUACCAAAUACGGUUUCUUUUUUCAUUCAGCCUCAGAUUUUAUCCAUUUCAAAUGUCAGUGACUCCCAAAUCCUCAGAUUACCCAGGCUCUCUUUCUCGAGCUUUAAUCCAUCUAUCAAGUUCUUUGCUUGCAACUACAAGUCCUAGCAGCACUUGGGAUAUGAUCUAACAAAAGCCAAAGUUUCUGCUUCCCCCAAGCUCCCUUCUCUGCUUCUACUGCAUUCUUUUAAGAAUGUCACCAAACUCCCUAGCUUUUCCUCCUUCUGGAGCGAGUCAGUUGCCAUAUUCUUAAAAUGUCUCGGGGCUGGGGGUUUAGCUCAGCAGCAUAAGCACCUGCCUUGCAAGUGUGCGGUCGUGAGUUCGAUCCCUGGUACCGAUAAAAACGAAAAGACCAAAAAAAAAAAAAAAAAGUCUCUUGGUUGUCUAUUAUUUUUCAAUCCUGUUUCACUCUCUGGGUCCAGGAUUUCAGUCUCCUUCCCCUUCAACCAAUCACUUUCGCAAAGAUUUUCCCCAGCUGUGACUCCCAUCAUGCUAAUCCCUCUGCCAGAAACACAUAUACAUCCUAUGAUCUCUCAAGAGCAGCAUUUUAGUGUUACCUCAGCCAUGAAACCUGCUUCUGAAUUCCAUUAUUCUACUUGUUGAAAUCAUUUUUUUUUCUUUUCUCUUUCUCUUGGCUUUUAUACAUUAGGUGGUACCUAAAUCCAGGGACCUGCUCAUGGUGGACACAUAGUAGUUACUCAGUUACAUCUUUCAGUCCUGCUACUACUGUGCAAACCACAGUAAAUAACAAAAUGACGAGAUGCCAAGCCAUAAUACACGGAAUGGAGAAACCUUAGUGUUUACUUUUUGCAACAUAAAACAUGAAGUCCUUACCUUUUCCCCAAGACAGUGUAUGUCCAGGGGUAUCAAAUUCUGGUAUGACUCGAAUCCCUCGUAAUCGGGCAUAUUCAGUCACCUUACGGACGUCAUGUGGUGUAUAAACAUGAGACAAAGUAUAGCUUCCCUAUAAUAUUCAAUUUAAAAUAUACAAAGAUUUAAUCCUGGAAAUUGUUGACAAUUCUUUGAUAUCUGAUAGCUAGUUUUCCUGCUGUUGCAAUUAUUAAAUAGUCCCAUGUGGUGAUUCACUUUAAAAUACAGUGCCAAACUUUCAAGUCAAAAAUCAGCAGGACACAAAAAAUAAAUUUCUACUAAAUCACACAUACUCAGGAUGAUAUUUCUUCUGAAUUAUAUAUACACAGGAUAGGCAUUUGGGGCCUUUUGUCAAAUCAUUUUAUCAAUAAAUACUUGGAAUCUUUGGAUUAAUUUCAGAUUUACUCACUCCUGUUUUAAAAGUAUCUACUAUCAUGCUCUUUCAAUUUAAAAAAAACAAGAGGGAAAAUAUUUAUCUCUAAA